AUCGGUUUACUAAUCUAGCACAGAUUCAACCGUCGAAAAAGUUGCAAUUAUUCGUACAGUUGGCUUCAAUGUUUACUAACACCAACUUGUCAAAGGCUUAUAAGCCUUAUAUGUAAUUGAGCAGACGACCCUGCAUGCUUGUGUACCAAUAAAUAAAUAAAUCCGAAUUACAAUUUGGAUUUUAAGUUAUUUUUAAGCUCAUGGAGUGAAGAAACUUGUACAUUUUAAUAUGGCUGGAGGGCGAAGAAAUGCUAAAUCUAGUUCUUUUAAUAAGCAUCAAGCUCAUGCAUCGGAUGAUAGACACACAGACUUGCCUACCCAGCCGCAGGUCAUUCCUCCUAAACACAUCCCCCUUCCUGAUUUGUCUCCCUCUUCUGAUCUAUUAUUUGAAGUUGAUGCUUUAGUUCUGAGUUUGUGUGCAAUAGCUGGACAAUAUGUAAAUUUAUAUAGAAGUGUAUUUUGGCUUCCUUAUUCACACACCGAUUUUGCUUUAAAUUAUUAUCUCAUUGAUCCUUACCUCUUAGCUUUUUGUUUAAUCAUGGUAGCUAGAAGAUUUCCAAUUUAUCUUCUGAAACAAAUGUGUGUCGUGUGUUUGCCAGCCUCUUACCAUUCAUCUUGUACUAUAUGCUUUCAAAUUUUGACUGGAAUUGUCAUUGCACCUGCUUUGUUAUUUUGCAGUUACAAUAUUAUCAAACAGCAUGGUACUCUGUCCAUGCUUUUUUUAGUUUAUCCAUUUGCUUUGUUUUUUAUUGGAUUGGGAACAAAGGUGAUUAAGUUUUUGGAAUUAAUAUCUAUUCCUCAAGAGCGUCAGACAGGUGCUCGGAGCAAGCAUGCUUCGAGCGUGAAACAUCAGAGUAUCACACACGUGUGUUCAAUGUCAGCAGAUACCAUAAGAGAGGAAGUGGAUACUCUCAAAAAUGACUUCAACUUUCGUAUGAAACAAGUUUUGUUUAAUACUUUCCUCGUUGUCUAUCAUGCCAGUUUUUUGCCUUGUUAUUUUGCUCAGCCUGAAUUACAGUAUGAUUUUUUCUGGGUAACACAAUAUGGCAUCUUUACUGGCAUUAGCACUUUUGUCAUGCAUGUUUCUCAUAUAUUUCCUCCCCGCUACUGUGAUGUUCUGCAUAGGGCGGCUCUUCAUUUGGGCAGAUGGCAAAAGGUUGAAUUGAAAAAUGUUCAUGUUCCUUAUAGCAUAUGGACAGAAUCAGCCACAUGGAAUCAAGGAGCACUCGUAAAGCACUCAAAGGAGCUAUUUAAAGCGGAGGGUAUUUCAAAUGCUGCAGAACCAGGCCAUUCUGGGCAUUCCAGGUUUUAUAUUUUAUUCAAGAAUCCUACUUUCUUGAUGAGAAUUAUGUUUGUAAUUCAAGUAUUAUUGAUGUUUAUUCUCAUCUUUGUGUUAUGCCAAUCCUACACUUGGAAUGAACUUCUAUCCAUACAACUUCUAAUUUUAAUAAACUGCAAAACAUUAUAUUCAGUUACAAAAGUAUAUUUUGUUAUCAAAAAAAUUUACCACGAGGAAAAAGUUUUGAUAUCAAAAUUUUGUAAUUGAUCUCAAUUGUUAAAAUCAUAAGAGUUGUUAUUAAUUUAUUUUAUUUGUUAUUUAUU